AAGACACCGUCCAGCAAUCGCACAAGCUACGAGAUGAGAUGUGCAAACCACUCUGCGCAGCACCAAGCAAGAACGGCGAAAUGUUCUUUCUCCCCAGACCCAUUCAACGCGCGACAAUGGCAUCGUUCUUCAUCGGUUUCCACCAGAUCGGAAAGUACCGUGGCUACGACUCCUGCAUUGACUACGUCUUCCAACCAGACUAUCGUUCGUCUUACCUUCAAAAGAGAUUCUUGGCUGGCCAGGAUCUUGAUACGAACGAGUCGUGGCGUCACAUGCACUUCUCCAGCGUCAAGGGAAAAGUGAAGAUCAUUGUUUGGGCGCAUUGUUGGGCGAAGCUGGGAGAUAUCGUUGUGGAGGAAGGUGUAACGCUUGGUGAAGUGGUCGACAAGGCUCGGGCAGUCCUCAUACGUGCUGCGGAAGGGAGGUGCGAAAUUUCUCGGGCUUGACUGACAGCUGGAAUGCAUUGCUGUGACCACUCAUAUCCUCUCAAGUCUAGAGGAUCUGGAAAGACUGGGAGCGUAGUGGCUUAUCCUCGCUGGCAGAGGGAGAGAACUUGAAUGAUUUUCUGUGCGACGAUUGUGUCCCGCUCAAGGGGAAUCUUCUUCUCGUAGCGGCGUCAUCUGCCAUCAUCAACAUGACAAUCGUCGGCGCAUCUAUGACUGUCAAGCGGCGCUGCAAAGCGUGGCCUUCGGUAGUCUGCUCAUUAAAUCCAUUUGAUCC